GCAGAGCAGAGAGCCAUCUCUCACCGUCAAUUAGAUACUACUAUACGUGGGUCCACUGACUCCAUUGAUUGUGUUACAAACAAAAACACAUGGCUGUGAUUGAUGCUAAGCUGUGACUCUUUCCAGAUUAAUGGACUUCGGACUAAGAGAGAGAAAAACCGCCAGUUGGAGAUUUCAAUGCGUCAGGCCUCUCUGCCUCCCCAAUUGCCCAUACAAUCCCUAGGCUUAUGCAGAUCGCGAUCUUAAGAGCUGGGUUGUUCAGUAUAUGAAUUUUUGUAUUACUUGGAUUGGUGGGGGAGGGGUUUGAAUUCAAUACCUUAGCAAAUGGGGGUUAUGUCCAGGCGGGUUUUGCCCGUCUGUGGUAAAGUCUGCUUCUUUUGUCCUUCCCUGCGAGCAAGGUCGAGACAGCCUGUGAAGCGGUACAAAAAGCUUCUUGCUGAUAUCUUCCCUCGGUCUCAGGAUGCUGAACCAAAUGAUCGGAAAAUUGGGAAGCUCUGUGAGUAUGCCUCAAAAAAUCCAUUACGAAUACCAAAGAUCACUGAAUACCUUGAGCAGAGAUUUUACAAAGAUAUGCGGAAUGAGCACUUUGGCUCAGUAAAAGUUGUGCUUUGCAUAUAUAGGAAAUUGCUAUCUUCAUGUAAGGAGCAGAUGCCACUAUUUGCUAGCAGUCUAUUAGGGAUUGUCCGCACUCUUUUGGAACAAACAAGACUUGAUGAAAUCCGGAUUCUGGGUUGUCUUACUCUUGUUGAUUUUAUAAAUAGCCAGACGGAUAGUACAUACAUGUUCAACUUAGAAGGCCUUAUUCCUAAACUCUGUCAACUGGCACAAGAAAUGGGAGAUGAUGAACGAGCUUUACGCUUAAGGUCAGCAGGGUUACAAGCUUUGGCUUCAAUGGUGUGGUUCAUGGGGGAGCACUCUCAUAUAUCAAUGGACUUUGACACUAUUAUAUCAGUGACUUUGGAGAAUUACACGGAUCUCCUGGUAAACCCUGAAAACUCUAAUCUGGGAGUUCUUAAAGCAGAGGAUCGUGCCUCAUCAUUUUCAGAUAUUGGCAAGAAUGUUCCCUCUGUGCAAAACCUUGUCAAUUUCAAACCUGAAUUGGAUCCCACAAUGGAUGCAUCUCAAAGUCCCUCUUACUGGUCUAGGGUUUGCUUGUAUAAUAUGGCCAGAUUGGCAAAGGAAGCUACAACUGUGCGGCGUUUACUUGAACCUCUUUUUCAUAGUUUUGAUGCUGAAAAUCAUUGGUCCUCAGAGAAAGGACUUGCCUGUUCUAUUUUGACAUAUAUACAGUUGCUGUUGGAGGAAUCAGGGAUAAAUUCUCAUCUUUUGUUAUCUAUUUUGGUCAAGCACUUGGAUCAUAAGAAUAUUGUCAAACAGCCCAUUAAACAGAUACGUAUUGUUAAUGUCACCACACAACUUGCACAGAAUGCAAAGCUGGAGGCCUCAGUUGCAAUCAUUGGUGCAAUAACUGAACUGAUGAAACAGUUACGCAAAUGCAUGCAAUGUUCAGCUGAAGCAUCAAGCCCUAGUGAUAGCUCGGACAAGUGGAACACUGAUCUUCAGUCAGCAUUAGAAAAAUGCAUCUUGCAACUCGCAAAUAAGGUUGGCGAUGCUGGGCCCAUUCUUGAUAUGAUGGCUGUGGCACUAGAGAACAUCCCAAGUAAUGCUGUUGUAUCUAAAGCAACAAUAUUCGCUGUUUACCGGACUGCACAACUUAUUUCUUCCAUUCCUAAUGUUUCAUAUAACAAGAAGGCCUUUCCUGAUGCUCUAUUUCACCAGUUACUUUUAGCAAUGUCCCACCCAGACCACGAAACAAGAGUAGGGGCACACCAUGUUUUCUCCAUUGUGCUUAUGCCAUCUCUUAUUUGUCCUUGGUUAGUUCGUAAUGGAGGACCUGCACAAGCUCUCCUGGGGUUUUCGCCAAUUGCUUCAGAGAGGAUAAAGAAUGGAAGUUUCUCGAUUCAGGAUGAAAGCAAUGACAAACCCAAGGAGGAAGUCAGUCAAGUUUUGGAUAAUGGCGUGACUCAAUCUAUAAAAUGUCCAUCUCGUGGUCGAUCAUUUAGUUUCAAGAAUGCUAUGGUCAAUGGAAAAGCAGAUCUGACUGCCCUCCGAUUGAGUAGUCACCAAGUGAGUCUCCUGCUUUCAGCAAUCUGGGUGCAGGCGACAUCCACAGAAAAUACCCCUGCAAAUUUUGAAGCGAUGGCCCACACAUAUAAUGUCACUUUAUUAUUUACCCGGAAUAAGAACUCAAGUCACAUGGCUCUAGUUCGGUGUUUCCAGUUGGCAUUCUCUCUAAGGAGUAUCUCUCUAGAUCAAGAAGGAGGUUUGCAACCAUCUCGCAGAAGGUCUCUCUUCACUAUGGCAUCAUGCAUGCUUAUAUUUUCAGCCAGGGCGGGCAAUCUUCCUGAGUUAAUUCCUCUUAUUAAAUCGUCUUUGACAGAUGAAACAGUUGAUCCUUAUCUUAAGUUGAUGGAAGAUAUCAGACUGCACGCUGUUUCGUUUGAUGAAGCCAAAGGCUAUGAAUCACAGGAAGAUGAAGUUGCUGCUUUAAAGUCCCUUUCAACAAUAGAAUUAGGUGACAAACAAUUGAGAGAAACUGUUCUAUCGCACCUCAUGACAAAGUUGGCGAAACUGUCAGAGGAUGAAUUAUCGGGCAUAAGGAAGCAACUUUUGGAGGGAUUUUCACCUGAUGAUGCAUAUCCAAUGGGAGCUCCAUUAUUCUUGGAGACACCUCGGCCGCCUUCUCCACUUGCCCAGAUGGAGGCUCAGGCAUUUGAUGAGGUCAUGCCUCUAGAUGCCUUGACAGAUGAUGAAUCCUUCCCUGAACCAAAUGGAAGCCAAUCAGGUCGCAAAACAUCACUUUCCAUCAAUUCACUUGACAUUCUAAGUGUUAACCAGCUCUUGGAAUCUGUUCUGGAAACAGCCCGGCAAGUUGCAAGCUUACCAGUGUCCUCUACACCCAUUCCUUACGACCAAGUGAAGAAUCAGUGCGAGUCUCUUGUAAUGGGUAAACAGCAGAAGAUGUCAGUUCUUCAGAGUUUCAAGCUACAACAGGAUGCGAAGGCUAUAGUUCUUGCCAAUGAACAUGAAAAUAAAAUGCCAAAUGUGACAAUGGAGCUUUCAGAAGAGGAUCUCAAGUUGAUAAACAUUGAGCCAGUUCAAAGAGGAGGAGAGAAGGUUCUUGCUUGUUCACUCGAGUAUGGGCAGCAACAGUCUCUCAGACUUCCGCCUUCGAGUCCCUACGACAAAUUCCUCAAAGCUGCUGGAUGCUGAGGAGAUUUAAUACACGUAAUUAUUAUAAAAAGUUUGUUUUCUCCCGCCUUUUCCUCCCCACGCGGUUUGCAAUUGUUUCAUUCUUUAUAUGUGAAACUCUAGCAGUGCUUAGCAUCCGUAGUCAAACAGUUAUCAUUUUGUUUAGAUGCUUCUACCUCUUAUCCAAAAUGUGUACAAUGAGAGAGAGAGAGAGAGAGAGAGAGAGAGAGAUUUGUUCAUUUGCUCAUUUGUGAAGCCAUGAUAACGUGAACAACUUUUGCAAUCAUUGGUGAUAUUUAAAUUGUAUAUGAUUGUCACUAUUCUUGUUACUUGCC